GGCUAAGGCGGAAGUGGAACGACGAAUGGACUUGUCCAGUGUGACCGUGUAGAUAACUUUAAUAUUUAACAAAAUAUUUGCUUUUUGUACCACGAAUAUAUACUCUUACCAUCUUAUUUCGCAUCCAUGAUGUUCAACAGACAGACGAGUCUCUGGAUGGGUGAUCUCGACCCAUAUAUGGAUGAGAACUUCAUCAAACAGGCCUUUAGUGCUAUGGGAGAGUCUCCAUUUGGGGUCAAGAUCAUCACUCACAGGAUAACAGGCGGUUCAGCAGGAUACUGUUUUGUGGAGCUGGCAGAUGAAGCGAGUGUGGAGCGGUGUGUCCAGAGACUCAACGGGAAACUGGUUCCUGGAUCAAACCCGCCCCGGAAGUUUAAGCUAAACUAUGCCACCUAUGGGAAACGGCCAGAAGCAGGGCCAGAGUUCUCAGUUUUCGUGGGCGACUUGGCUUCUGAGAUAGAUGACUUCCAGCUGCAUCAAGUUUUUAAGAAGUACCCUUCAUGCAAAGGAGCCAAAGUAGUCACCGACCAGUAUGGAUACUCAAGAGGCUAUGGCUUUGUCAAGUUUGGAGAGGAGAGCGAGCAGAAGAAGGCGAUCGAGGAGUGCCAGGGUACGAUGCUGGGAGGAAAGCCACUCAGGCUCAGUAUUGCUGUUGCAAAGAGCCAGAAGAUGAGCAGCUACCACGGGGGCCAGGGCCAGAAUUACCAGAGCAACUACAACCAGACUCAGUCUGGUUACUAUGGCAGCCAUAGUGGUGGAAGCCAGGGUUACUAUUCUCAGUGGGGGGGCUACGACCAGUAUGGUGGCUACAACAGUACUGGCUACAACAGCGGCUAUGGCAGCGGCUACAACAGUGGCUACAACUAUGGUUACGGAGCCUAUGGAUACCCACCACCAGGUCACAUGAUGCCACCACCUCCCAUGGGGAUGCCGCCAAUGUCCACAGACAUGUCAGGAGCCGUAGAGCAGAGCCAUGUGGAGGCUGAAGACAUAGAUGAGGAUAAUGCAGAAGAGCCCAUUCCCGAGUGUGACGUCGACCUGUGGAACAAAGAUUUCAUGCAGCGCAGCGAGGAGCUCUACGAUGCCAUGAUGAAUUGUCACUGGGAGGCUCUGGACUCUGUUGACUCCCCCAUCCCUUCAUUCUCUUGAUAAUGCCCCCCCCCCCCCGAAAUGUUUCAUUUUUAAAAAACGUUUUUUGUUUUUUUUAUCCCCAAAAUCUUAACAACACACUGAUACCUUCUAGAGGCCAGCUUUCAUUUCCUGUGUCAGUUCUCACUAAAACUGAUAAUGCAAACACGUUCCUCUUUAAACACCUAAAAUAUUCACAGACUUGGCUGUAACAUUUACCAUGUUAGCAACAAACAGCAGGUCAGUCAUUAUUCAGUGAAGCUGCUCUGUAGUACUGCAGACUUGAGUGUCAUGCACCACCACUGAAUUAUGCCACUGAGGAACAAACUGUAGUUAUUUGAUGAUGGAAUGACCAGCAGACGCACAUUCAGCAACGUUGAGAUUGACAUCUGCAAACAAAAAUGAAAACCAUGCCUUUAUUGUCUUUUGUCAUGUACUUCCUGUGAGUCCAGGAUGAUCAUUAGAAUUGCUUUUUUUUUUUUUUUUUUUUUUAAAUGAAUGAAUUCCUGUCUUUAAAAAAAAAUUCUGAUAGAUUAUUGAACUCAUUUAGGAAGAGUUGAAAACUGAGUUUACACCCUACAGAAAAUCACAUCAAUCGGAAACGUUUUCUGUUUUUCAAACAAGAAGCUCACAAUCUUUCUAUGUGCUAGAUGAACGAGACAAACUCCCAACAUGUUCGAGUGCUGUGAAAACUGUGUAAGGACUUUAACGGCUGAUUUGAUGUCAGACCUCGAGGCAGCCAUCAACUGCUCUUUGAUGGCUGAAGUUUUGUAUAUAUUUUCUUUCUGGAGAUGUUUUAUCAAUAAAAUGAAUUAAGGUGGAAAAAUGUCUCUUUUG